UUGCUUUUCGCUUGUAGUUAGGUUGACAACACAGCCAGACAGCCGCUGGCCGCUAUCCCGAAUCCAACAGAGUUGGUGGAAUUUUUAUGAAUAAAACCGUUAAUCUGGUUGAGCAUACAACGUUCGCCGAGGAAUAUACAACCCAGUUGGACUAUCAUGGAGUCUUAUGACAUUAUAGCUAACCAGCCGGUUGUGAUUGAUAAUGGCUCUGGUGUCGUCAAAGCUGGCUUUGCAGGAGACCAGAUCCCCAAAUACUGCUUCCCAAAUUAUGUGGGACGUCCAAAGCAUGUUCGAGUUAUGGCUGGUGCCCUGGAAGGGGAUAUAUUUAUCGGACCUAAAGCUGAGGAGCACAGAGGUUUGUUGUCUGUGCGAUAUCCCAUGGAGCAUGGCAUUGUGAAAGACUGGAAUGACAUGGAACGCAUCUGGCAAUAUGUCUACUCCAAGGAGCAAUUGCAGACCUUCUCUGAAGAGCAUCCUGUACUGCUUACUGAGGCACCGCUGAACCCCAGCAAAAACCGUGAGCGUGCAGCUGAGGUGUUCUUUGAGACUUUCAAUGUUCCAGCCCUUUUCAUCUCUAUGCAGGCAGUUCUCAGCUUGUAUGCCACAGGCCGAACAACUGGUGUGGUGUUAGAUGCAGGGGAUGGAGUGACACAUGCUGUGCCCAUUUAUGAAGGUUUUGCUAUCCCGCAUUCCAUCAUGCGGGUAGAUAUCGCUGGGCGUGACGUCUCCCGCUAUCUGCGCCUGCUCCUGCGCAAGGAAGGUUAUGACUUCCACACCUCAGCUGAGUUUGAGGUGGUGCGCACCAUCAAAGAGAGAGCUUGUUACCUGUCCCUGAACCCCCAGAAGGAUGAAACGCUUGAGACCGAGAAAGCACAAUACACCCUUCCUGAUGGGAGCACUUUGGAUAUUGGGCCUGCACGGUUCCGUGCUCCUGAGCUCCUGUUCCGACCCGACCUGAUUGGAGAUGAAAGUGAGGGCAUCCAUGAAGUGCUGGCUUUCGCUAUCCAGAAAUCGGACAUGGACCUGCGACGCACACUCUUUUCCAACAUUGUCCUGUCUGGAGGCUCAACACUCCUGAAAGGUUUUGGGGACCGGUUGUUGAGUGAAGUGAAGAAGCUUGCACCCAAAGAUGUUAAAAUAAAGAUUUCUGCGCCACAGGAGAGACUGUAUUCCACAUGGAUAGGGGGAUCCAUCCUUGCUUCAUUGGAUACUUUCAAGAAAAUGUGGGUGUCCAAGAAGGAGUAUGAAGAAGACCGUGCCCGUGCCAUCCAUAGGAAGACCUUUUAAAAUGGAAAAAUUGCACUAAGUCCCCAGCUACCCCUCAUGCCUAUAGUUUCACCCCCCCCCCCCCCCCCCCCACUCCACCCCACCCCACCCUCCAUCCUAGCUUUAAACUCCCAGACUCUCCCCCUCUUGUCCCUCUGGUCGGGGAGUUUGCUGGACCCCUCAUCGCAGCUAGGCAUGCCUUCUGUUGCCCCAUCUCUGACCCUUCUUAUUGGGACUCCUGCCAGGACUGGGAAAAGGAUAUGGGCAGGCAUUGCAUUCUCAGACAGGUCUGCACCCCAUCCACGACCAUCAAACUUAAGAAAACAAAGGCUUUCAAGGGGCAUCAGUGAAUAUUGGUAACUGUUUUUGUUUUGUCCAUUUAUCAAAGGGCAGUGCUUAUACGUUACGCAAAAGGUAUUUAUUACACUAUUUACUGUGCCCUGUGAGAUAGGAUCAUAUCAUCCAGUCUAAUGAACACGAAGGCAAAUAUUUUAUGCUCUUAUUAUAAUUUCAUUCCAAAAUAUAGAGGAUUCUCAGUGUGUCCUUCCCCGGUCAUCAGUUUGAUGACACCCUGUGGUUGUUGAAAGUAGAAAUCAGUUUAAAUUUGUCUUUUCUCUUUGCUUGUCAAAAUGGUUACCGUGCGCGAACAAUGAGAAAUCUGCAGUAAGAAACAAUUGUUUACCACUGAUCCAGUUUUCUGUAAAGGACACUAUUGAGGCCGUGUGGUCUUGUGUCACUCCAUGUGUCUCUCUUUGACUGUAUCAAGGCUGAUACCACUCCAGUUGAGAACAUCUGAAUAGCAUGAGAAGAGAAAUAACAUAGUUGGUAGGUAGCGUUGAUACUUCUAGAAACUUGAGCAGGUAUACUGUCUACCAUAGCAGAGCAUGCUGUUGUAAAAGUUUGAACUUGUAAUGGUUUCACCUCAGUGAUGCACUGAUGGUUUUAAGGUGUCCCAGAAUUGGGUAUAUGAUGAUUCUCAUGUAUUAGAUGUCAGCAACUCAGACUGAGCAAUCGGCGAUAAAAAGGAUGAACCAUGAAAUUAUCCAUUUUUUUGUCUGAAUAUUCAAAUAUGAGCACAGUUGGCAACAACAACUGGCCACAAUAUUCCACUGGGCUUUAAGAUUGUCUUUUAGAGAAUUCAACCUUAUUUUCUCAUUUGUGAUUGGUCCCCCCCUCAUCAUUGGCUUGAUGUAAGAUUGAAAUUGUUGAACUGCCUUUGAAUGGUUAUUACAGUAUUUCCAUAUUUUACUAGGCCACUAGCAUUCUUUAUAGUAGGCCCAGUCAGAUUGUAUGACCACAUGUUCACUGUUCACUGAAUUCAUCCCUGAAUCACACGUGCAGAAGAUGAAAUCACACUAAGAAGACAGUUGACGUGCUGUAAGGUGAUGCACCGUGUUGGAAGUAUGCGGAAGCACAAUGUAGUGAGUUUCCGAUUCAACGUCUGUGCCCUGCUUAGGCUUGGGUAAAAUUUUUGUUUGGCAGAUGUGGGGUGCUUUCCGUUGGGGUGCAGCAAAAGGUUAUUUACAGUCCCAUUCUCUGUCCAUGAAUUAGAUUCGCCUUACUCUGGUGUCUGCAUUGGAACAUCAAAAAAUGCUUUGUUGUUUUUUUUAAAAGGUAAACAAAUCAUCAGCCUUGUGUACAGUGGAUUGCUAUUCAAAAAAGAGAAAAAAAAGUCACAAAAGGACUAAAAUGUACAAAACUGUUUCUUCAACUGUUGCUUUUACUUUUCAUUUUGUAAAUUCAAUAUAAUAAAUAAAUUAAUGACUGCUGUCUGAA